AUGUUGAAAUCACCUCUCCAGCACCACAUCCGGACGGUAGGCCUUCGCGACACCAAGCAGGCAUCCAUCCCGCAAGCCUUCGCGGACUCCACGAUGAAGCAAGAUUGGCAGUCGAUGGUCUGGACGAUCCUCUGUCUGCUGGUAUACUGCAGUCAAAGCCUACCCUCAACCCCGGACAUCGCCACCCACAGCCGGACUAGACGUGGCAUAUCCGGCAGCAAACUUGGACCACCCGGCCCGGCUCCACCGACGACCCUCUGGCGAGGCGAGACGCUUCGAAAGUUCUCGGACGUGGUGGCGGCAGGCGGCAUAAACUCCCACGGCUACGACAAGCAGCAACGAGGCGAGCUGCUUACGCAGGAACAGCUGCGCGGAGGCAGUAGCUUGUACGAACAUCAGAGAGGCGGCACGCAAGCCUACACGAGAUAUGUGUCCACCUCAGCAGAGCCGGAGCAGGCGUUGCGAUUUGCUGGAUCGACCGGAACCCUGUAUCGGAUUCACGCCGACCCAAAAGCGGUCGACAUGAACCUCUCCCUCGGCAAAAACCAGAAGGGCGAGCCGAGGUCGGCCUACCCGAACCAGGCUGAGCAUGCUUUCGUUCAACGCAUCCCGCUCGACCAGAUCGAAGGCUACUACCUGGUGACGAAAGAAAAUGCCGCCAAGGUUCUCGAAGCCGCUCGAGACGACCGGCCCAUCGAGGGUGUCGAAUUCAUCAGGAACCCAGAUUUCAAUGCCGAGAAAUAUGGCGGGCAGAGGGCGGCCGGUGCCGCUCCAGAACUCGCCGGAUUUCCGACCGACCACGAAGCUUCGGGGAAAAAUCCAUACAAAAGCUAUCGGGACCAAGAUGUGUCCAAAUCCUUUGAUGAACACGUACGAGAGACUGAUAAGUUGGAAUCUCUGCGCGAACCCAACCCUUCGACUUCCGGCAGCGGUGCCUUGUGCAAACGCGGCACCGACUGCGUGACGAGCGAGAAAGCCCAAAGGCCGACCGAUGAGCUGGCCGAGCUCGAGCCCGCAGCAAAAGGGAAAAAGUUGGAAGCCGCUGGCGGCCGACAGACGUUCCACAACAACGUCGAAAUCUCCCCUGUAGACAGCGCCAAGGGACUGGCUUUGGCUGAAAUGUUUAUGGAAUAUCUCGACAAACAAGGCGGCGUGGGAAAAUAUGAACCCGUCAACGUGACCGGCCCUUUCGAUCCCAACGGCAGCAUUUUUCAGACACACCCCGACCCUACGAUUGAAAACAGCAUCGCGACCAAAUUCGCCAGGUUCGUCGCCACAGUCGGUGAUAAGGGAUUAGACUUUGCUACCGGGGACCCGGAAGCAACGAAUAAAUUGCGAGCGAGAUUGAAGGCCAUCGAGAAGGCCAUCGCCGACGGCAAGCCACUAUCCGAUGUUGCUCAAAAGCUCGCCAUCUUCUUUGUCGGGGUAGGCGUGAACUGUUGGCAGGCGGUGAUGAACGCGCAAUCGUUAUUUGUCCCCAAUGUCUUCGUCACCAUCCAGGCCGAAUUCGAAACGGCCGGCAACCUGACUGGUCUUGUCGGCGACGGCAACCAGCCAGCAGGAAAAUCGCUGGUCGUGCACAUGGGCAGUGGAGGCCUUAUUUUCUCUAGAUGA